AUGGACUGCGGCUGGCUGCUGCUCAUAUUGCUGUGUGCCGCAGCCCCAACUCAGAAAGACCUCAGAGAGCUUGUAUGGUACUCUGAUGUCGGAUUACGCGUAAUCCGACAUGGACUGCGGCUGGAUGCUGCUCAUAUUGCUCAGAAGAACCGGAAACUAGGGCUAGGCGCUGUCCUGAGCCAUACUGAUGACGAAGAAGAGCACAGCAAGGAAGGCGUAACACCAUCCAAUGUCUCAUCAUCAAUGCUUUAUUCACCCCCUCAUAGCCCGACACCAUCUCCUCAACAAAAGCAAAAGAAACCAGCUGCGACUCAAACUCGAGUGGAAGAGGAGCAGCUCGAGGAGGGAGAAGCGGUUGGAGCGACUGUCGAUGCAAAGCCAUUCGGCCAGCUCAAGUGGACUCCCCCCACUCCUCACAUCUGA